GCUUAACUGGUGCCCGCCUGCCUCUCUUUGAUUUGUGGCCUUUAUUCUUUCUAAUUGGAUAAAGUAGGAAGUCACUGGCAGUCCUGCGUGGCUGGGUGCAGAGUACUGAUCUUACUCAGACCGGUAGCAGUUUAGAGUGGGGGGGGAGGGAAGCAAGGUGGGGAGAGAAGGAGGGAGCAAGAGAGAGAGAAGCAGACAGACGCAGGAUGAGGCAGGGGUGGAAAGAGAAAGAGACUGUGAAGAAGGAAGACAGCAGAGGAAGAAAGUGACUGGAGCGCUCCAGAAGGACAAAGAGGAGUGGUUGGGGGUGGGGUGGAGCAGGGCGGGGAAGGAGUCGCCGCCCCUCCCGCCGUGCGCUUCCCCGCACAGCGCCCGCCCGCCCAGCGAUGAGACUAUUUGCGGAGAUGCUCAGAGGGCAGGCACCUGCUGCUCUGUAAUGAUUCAGCCUCUUUCAGCCGCGUUAACACAACAGGAUGCUGUUGCUCCUGGCACUGCUACCUCUCCUGCCGCCGCCGCUGCUCCCGCCGCCGCCGCCACUGGUCCUGCUUUUGCUUUUACUUCUCCUGCAUGACAGUUGUUUUCUUCAUCUCAGCAGGCACCAGCUUCUGAUGCUUGAGGUGAGAGCCGUGCCUUUUAGUUUGGGCUACUGGUUUACCUAAUUAGCCGGCAUUCCCUCUGUUUUCUGUUUUGGGGCUUGUCCUCUUGACUGAUUUGUCGGGAUGGUUUGGAGAAGCCUUUAAAAGAACUAGAAAAGUGGCCCAAAAAACAACAGCUAAAGAAUUAUUAGAAUAUACUUUACUUUGUACUUGAUAGGUGUUUUUUUUUUCCCUUUUUCUUGUUUUCUUUCUUCCUUCCUUGUGAACUCCUUGCUUUUGAUAAUGGCCUUGGACUUGGAGGACUUAUCGAUUUCCCUCUGGAAGAUGCUGUAUCAUUUGCUUGGGGGGGGCCUGCAUGGUAAUGGACCAUGAGAGAGGCCAGGCCUUCUGGAGGUGAGCCCAUGGAGAUUUAUUCCCCAGACAUGUCUGAGGGAGCUGCCGAGAGGUCCUCCAGCCCCUCCACUCAACUGAGUGCAGACCCAUCUCUUGAUGGACUUCCGGCAGCUGAAGACAUGCCAGAGACCCAGACUGAAGAUGGGAACCCCCCUGGACUCGUAGGCCUGGCUGUGCCCUGCUGUGUGUACCUGGAGGCAGAGCGCCUGAGAGGUUGCCUCAACUCAGAGAAAAUCUGCAUCGUCCCCAUUCUGGCCUGCCUGGUCAGCCUCUGCCUCUGCAUUGCUGGCCUCAAGUGGGUAUUUGUGGACAAGAUAUUUGAGUACGACUCUCCUACUCACCUUGACCCUGGGGGCUUAGGCCAGGACCCUAUUAUUUCUUUGGAUCCAACUGCUGCCUCAGCUGUGUGGGUAUCGUCUGAGGCUUACACUUCACCUGUCUCUAGGGCUCAGUCUGAAACUGAGGUUCAAGUUACAGUGCAAGUUGACAAUGCUGCUGUGUCCUCUGAACCUGCAGCUGCACCAACCCCGAAGAAGAAUCGUAUUUUUGCUUUUUCUCUCCUGCCGUCCACCACGCCAUUCUUCCCAUCACCCACUCGGAACCCUGAGGUGAGAACACCCAAGUCAGCAACUCAGCCACAAACAACAGAAACUAAUCUCCAAACUGCUCCUAAACUUUCCACAUCUACAUCCACCACGGGGACGAGCCAUCUUGUGAAAUGUGCAGAGAAGGAGAAAACGUUCUGUGUGAAUGGUGGCGAGUGUUUCAUGGUGAAAGACCUUUCAAACCCCUCAAGAUUCUUGUGCAAGUGCCCAAAUGAGUUUACUGGUGAUCGCUGCCAAAACUACGUAAUGGCCAGCUUCUACAAGCAUCUUGGGAUUGAAUUUAUGGAGGCAGAGGAGCUUUACCAGAAGAGAGUGCUGACCAUAAGUGGCAUCUGCAUCGCCCUCCUGGUGGUUGGCAUCAUGUGUGUGGUGGCCUACUGCAAAACCAAGAAACAGCGAAAAAAGCUUCAUGAUAGGCUUCGGCAGAGUCUUCGGUCUGAACGGAACAACAUGGUGAACAUCGCAAAUGGGCCGCACCAUCCUAACCCACCCCCCGAGAAUGUUCAGCUGGUGAAUCAAUACGUGUCUAAAAAUGUCAUCUCUAGUGAGCAUAUUGUUGAGAGAGAAGCAGAGACGUCUUUUUCUACGAGUCAUUAUACCUCAACCACUCAUCACUCCACUACUGUCACCCAGACUCCUAGUCACAGCUGGAGCAAUGGGCACACAGAAAGCAUUCUUUCGGAAAGCCACUCUGUAAUUGUGAUGUCAUCAGUAGAAAACAGUAGGCACAGCAGCCCCAGUGGGGGCCCAAGAGGACGUCUUAAUGGCCUAGGGGGCCCUCGCGAAUGUAACAGCUUCCUCAGGCAUGCCAGAGAAACCCCUGACUCCUACCGAGACUCUCCUCAUAGCGAAAGGUAUGUGUCAGCCAUGACCACCCCGGCUCGUAUGUCACCUGUAGAUUUCCACACGCCAAGCUCCCCCAAAUCACCCCCUUCGGAAAUGUCUCCACCCGUGUCAAGCAUGACGGUGUCCAUGCCCUCCAUGGCAGUCAGCCCCUUCGUGGAAGAAGAGAGACCUCUCCUUCUUGUGACACCACCCAAGCUGCGGGAGAAGAAGUAUGAUCAUCACCCUCAGCAGUUCAGUAACUUCCAUCACAACCCUGCACAUGAGAGUAACAGCCUCCCCGCUAGUCCCUUGAGGAUAGUGGAGGAUGAGGAGUAUGAGACCACCCAGGAGUAUGAACCAGCUCAAGAGCCUGUUAAGAAACUCGCCAAUAGCCGGCGGGCCAAAAGAACCAAGCCCAAUGGCCACAUUGCCAACAGGUUGGAAUUGGACAGCAAUACAAGCUCUGAGAACAGUAACUCAGAGAGUGAAACAGAGGAUGAACGAGUAGGUGAAGAUACACCUUUCCUGGGUAUACAGAACCCCCUGGCAGCCAGUCUUGAGGUAGCACCUGCCUUCCGCCUGACUGACAGCAGGACUAACCCAGCAGGCCGCUUCUCUACACAGGAAGAAUUACAGGCCAGGCUGUCUAGUGUAAUUGCUAACCAAGACCCUAUUGCUGUAUAAAACUUAAAUAAACACAUAGAUUCACCUGUAAAACUUUAUUUUAUAUAAUAAAGUAUUCCACCUUAAAUUAAACAAUUUAUUUUAUUUUAGCAGUUCUGCAAAUAGAAAACAGGAAAACUUUUAUAAAUUAAAUAUAUGUAUGUAAAAAUGUGUUAUGUGCCAUAUGUAGCAAUUUUUUACAGUAUUUCAAAACGAGAAAGAUAUCAAUGGUGCCUUUAUGUUAUGUUAUGUCGAGAGCAAGUUUUGUACAGUUACAGUGAUUGCUUUUCCACAGUAUUUCAGCAAAACUUUCCAUCUAUUCUGUUUUUGCUGGCUUCUUGUGCAUUGCAUUCUGAUGUUGACUGGAUGUAUGAUUUGCAAGACUUGCAACUGUCCUUCUGUUUGCUUGUAGUAGUGUACAAUCAGUACAUCUUGUAAUGGCACAUCCAUCCAAAUACUCUUAUCUUUUGUACGAAGUUUUCUUUGCUUUCAGAAUAUGAAAUGAGUUCUGUUUACUCUGUCAGCCAAAGGUUUGCUUCAUUGGGCUCUGAGAUAAUAGUAGAUCCAACAGCAUGCUACUAUUAAAUACAGCAAGAAACUGCAUUAAGUAAUGUUAAAUAUUAGGAAGAAAGUAAUACUGUGAUUUAAAAAAACUAUAAUAUUAAUCAGAAGACAGCUUGCUCUUGCUAAAAGAAGCUACCACUUUAUUUUUCUUGACAAAAGCAACAGUUUUAGGCAUAGCUUAGAAAAUGGGUUCUGGCCUGCUAUUAGGUUAAAUCUAAAAACUUAGACGAGGACUCAGUUUUACUUUCUAUCAUGGGGGAAUGAUCCAACAGCUCAUCUAUUUGAACUACAGACCUCAACUGAUAGUGGUGCAAUCAUUUCUGACCCAUAUCUUCCACUGAUUCAGGAGGUACUGAUGGGUCAUGUCUUCUCAGCUUCAAAAUAGGCAGAUGUUGGCACCAAAGGCCCACUGUGAACAGUACAUUCAGAAGCCUGCCUGAAGCUCUUGUGGAAUUAAGUGUGCCUGUUGUGUAUAGUGGAAGAUUGUCAUCAUUGGAAACUGCUUUCAUUGUUGAGUGGUUAGAAGUCAUAGGUGGACAGCAGCUGUGUAACUUGGUUGACAUUUUAAAGUUUUGGUUGACCACACCUUUCUCUCCAUUAUGUUUUUUUUUUUUUUUUUUUCAACAUUGCCUUGAUUAGGUCAUAACUGUGCAUGGACAUUUUUUGUCAGGAAUGGUCAAUGUGCAUGUGAUUUGUUAUUAGUAAGAACCUUCCACAAGAGGUAACUCAUCAGGAAAUGUCAAUGGUGUUGGAAAAAUUGCACCUUUACUUGCAGAAGUGACCCCCCCAUCUGUAGGCUGAACUGUCCAUCUACAGCCUGUAUCACCUACUUUUCCCUUUCUGAAUUUUUGCUUUAUGGUUACAAAAGCAGGACUGAGGUUGGUCUAAAGUUUGCAUGUUCUCUUGUGACUAUAAAUCCAGUGAAGGCCUAUAGGUAUUAACAUUUGAAAUAAUUGCUAAUUCAAGGAAAAGAAGAAAACUUUAUAAUGCAGAACCCAUUUGGUGCCUGCCUGAUACCUGUCAAGCAAACUAGAGCUUUGCCUGAGUUCCAAGAGGCCUCUUAUGUGCCAUGGAACAAAACUAGGAAACAGGCUAGCAGGGGGUUC